AUGUAUGUGUCUAUCGUUGGGCUUCAAGAAGUGAGGUUCGGCGUGAAGCAGCAUGAGGGCAAGAAGUACCUCUUCGGACCUGGCAUCAAAGAUCACAUUCCCGGACUUGGAUUCGGCCAGAUGGGCAUGGGGGACUAUGACAAAAGGCUGGCAGCAUUCUGCAAGAUGUUCGUCGAAGAGUUGGGAGAGGAGAAGUUGCAGCAGCUCUAUCAAGAUAACCGGCAGCUGAAUCACACGCAGCUGUGCUUGGAAGAGUGUUUGUCAUCGGCCAGUGGCACUGGCGUGGGCGCAGUCAAGAAGCCCUCGCAAGUCUCGGCCCACUCAGAAGCCUCUGCCAGCUCCGAAGCUCGAUUCUCCGAAGGCUCGAAGUGUGUUGCAUCUUUUGCCGCAAAUGAAAACCGCCGACUUGCAGCAGUGCUUGACGAGCUCACAAAGCGGGCCAAGAGCACUCAGAAAGCCGAGCGGGCUGAGUUGUGA